AUGUCAGGCUUCGGGUUUUCAAUCGGUGACAUCGUCCUGGUGGGCAACUACGCCUACUCGGUCUACAAGUCGUGUAAGAACGCUGGUGACAACUUUAGGGAGAUCACUUCGGACGUGGCUUCCCUACGCACACUCCUCCUCGCUCUAGAUGAUGAAUGCAAGAACCCACAGUCUUCGUUCCAGCAGCUUUCCCCCGCGCAGAAAGGCGAGCUCGCUGCGCGCUUGCAAGACUGCAAAGCCGACCUCCGCUCGGUCAAGAAGAUACUACAUGACUUCCGCUCGCUCGACAAACGCGAUGCGCGGUACCGAGAUAGGCUCGCUUUCACGACUGGGAAGCAAGCUGCGAUACGGGAGAAGAUAGCGACGCAUAGUGUUCGGCUCCAACAAUUACUAAGCGGCAUCAAUGUCGGUACGCUAUCUAGGAUUGAGAGGAACACCGAUGCCCAUCACCUAUCGCUCCUGGAAAUUCGAGCUAGCCUGGACCGGAUCCACAUGGACGUGCUUGCGGGCAGGCGUGAUGCCGCAACAUUCAUGAACGCGGAGGAUGCGGUCGCGUUAGAAGAUGAGGUCCUUGAUGACCGAAUGACGGAAGUCGAUGUUGACGUGUCGUAUGAAGUUCAUGCCUGGGCGGAAAGAGUACGCACGGAAAGCUUACAACCGUUAUCGAGGUCUGGCAAUGGGAUCGGCUCUGGCGAGGCUGGUCGCACGACCCACGGACUCAUCCAGGAAGGCUAG